UCACAUGGAAAGGGUCAAAAAGAGAAACUGCCCUAGCUUGGACGUGCAGAUACAGAUGCAGGCCAAGCCGAGGAACCGGGCUGGUCUGAUCAGAGUUGUGUCAUAUAUUGAUUCUGGUUGGUGAGCGGCUGUGACCCAGGUGGUGAUUUAUCCCCGGAUAUCCCUUGACCAUGGUUCCUUGCUUGCAAAGUCAAUUAAAGUACUUGUUAACCGAUCUCGAUGGUCCUUAUCGUUGAAGAUUUGUUUAUCUUCCGAGACUGUCUCAUCUUCCGUCAAUACUCGGGGAAGUCUUUCUCCCUUCCCAAACACAGCUGCUUGUCCAUCAACUGCCUACAUGUCCCCCUCAGUCAUGGUAGACACAAAUACAGCGCUCGAACAGCGUUCAGAGCGAGAUAUACGUUCCCUAGACAUGGAAUACAACUUAUCGGUCGAGGAUUUUCGAGAAUACGAGUAUCCUAACAUGGCACAAGGGGCUUAUCUUGAUCAUGGAGGAGCUACCAUAUAUGCGCGAUCACUUAUAACCGGCUUCUCCCAAGCAAUGAUUGGUAACCUCUGGGGUAAUCCGCACUCAGAGAAUCUCCCGGCAAAGUUGUCGGGUGAUAUGAUUGAUAAUAUCCGUGCAAAAGCUCUUGAUUUCCUUGGUGCUGAUCCAAAGUAUUUCGACCUGGUCUUCGUCGCCAAUGCUACGGCUGCUAUCAAGCUCGUUGCUGACGCGUUUCGGGACAUCGGAGAGAAGACCCCUACCAAGGGUUUCUGGUAUGGAUGUCACAAAGAAGCCCACACGAGUAUUAUCGGGGUUCGCGCACUCACGUCAGGAGACUAUCAUUGUUUCGAAGAUGAUGAGAGUGUUGAAGAAUGGAUCUCGCGGCCUUUCAGCUGCCAGUCCAGAAGAGGAAAAUCGACCAGUCUGGGCUUAUUCGCAUAUCCAGGCCAGUCCAAUCUUAGUGGACGCCGGUUACCACAGGACUGGUCGAAAAGAAUACGGCAACACCCUCAACUUCGAAAUGUCUAUACCCUUUUCGAUGCUGCGGCUCUCGCUAUGACUAGCUCCCUCAGCUCCCUUUUCCACGAUCCGAUGGAUGCACCCGACUUCACUUGCCUUUCGUUUUACAAGAUAUUUGGCUUCCCUGAUUUGGGAGCAUUGGUUGUCAGGCGGGCAUCCGGACAUAUACUGAACCUGAGGAGAUACUUUGGCGGAGGAACAAUUGCUCAGUUAUCCCCCUCAAAAGACUCCCGGGUUAUGAAGAAAGUUCCCGGGCUGGGGGAUCUGCACAAAAUAUGGGAUAUACAUGAAGGUGUCGAGGAUGGCACACUGCCAUUUCACAGUAUCUUGGCGCUUGGAGUCGCCAUCGAUACACACCUAAGGCUUUAUGGCUCAAUGGAUAUGAUAUCUCGUCAUUGCUGUUAUCUCGCUCGCUACCUAUAUGAACGUCUUGUGGAUCUGAAGCACCGAAACGGAUCUCCAUUGAUCGAGCUAUAUGUUGAUAGCCCAUUCAUGUAUGGCGAUCCUUCACUUCAAGGGCCAACUUUUGCCUUCAACAUUAUGAAAGAGGAUGGUUCAUAUAUCCCCUGGACGGAGGUAGAGAGGCUUGCCAAUAGCGCUGGAGUAUACAUACGAGCAGGAGGCGUUUGCUGCCCUGGUGGUGUCGCUAAAGCCUUGGACUAUGAGGACUGGGAAUGGGACAGAAUCUUCUCAAGCGGACACGCCUGUGGUUCUAGUGAGAUGGCAGUCAUACAUAAUAAGCCAACAGGAAUCGUUCGCGCGAGUCUCGGUCCCAUGACGACGAAGCGAGAUAUACAGGCCUUCAUAUCAUUUCUUUCCAACGAGUUCAGCACAAAAAGCGCACCAAUACCACGAUUGUUUGAAACAGCAAAGGAUUUACCGCUACGAGAGAAGUUACCCUAUCUUACAUCCGAAAAGGAGUUUAGUGAGCGCGACCUUGUUUAUGAGCAUUGACAUAUGUGUUGGAAGAGCUUGAUGUUUAUUUGAAUUUAUAUGAGGAGUGAACUGAAGAGUUCGGUGUGCAUCAAAGGAGCUUUGUGUGACACUGGGGUGGUUUUUGUGUCUUUGUCGACAUAAGCCGCUGGGGAUAGGUCUCAUAUGGGAAUAUCUAUACUCACCUACACCUUCAUCACUUCCUAAUCUACCUAAGUUAAUGCUUUUAUAUUUCCUUGAGAUAAUAAAAAAAAACGUAUCUCGGGUCAUGCUGAGUCAAUUAUCCAACAG